AUGCUUUACAAUUUCGUGUCAAUACGGUCUGCGCCACUGGCCAAGCGGAGAAAAGUGCGUCGGGCAUGCGACUUCUGCCGCCAGCAUCGGGUCCGCUGUGAUGGCAGAUCACCCUGUGGCCAGUGUGUUACCAACAAGGUGCCAUGCAACAAGCCUUUGCAGCAUUCAUACUCACAUGUACAUCCGAAUUCACACCCCCGCCCCUCCUCAUCUGGAAAUCGGGAGUUGCAGCCGUCAGCCCCAUCCAGUUUCCCGCACGCCCAGCCUGCACCUCCCUGCGCCCCGAAUCCGGUGGUCCUGGGCCAGCAAGGCAGGCCCCGAGGAAGUCCGCCGCGGACUCCAUCGAUCCAUCAUGCUGCCGUCGCUCCUCUUUCGCAGCCCUUGGACUCAUUCGCGAGCUUCAUCUCGCGCGUGAAUAGUUUCUGCUCCGUGGUGUCCCAGAUGUCGACCCGACCAUCUCCUCAACCCAUUGAAGCAGCCCCUACAGACGUUCCGUGUUCGUCACGAGAUUUGCUGAGGAGAGUAGAGCCAGUUCUUGCGCAGCUAACCCCGGACAGCCUCAAGGAGCUUCAGGAAACCGUGUUUGAUAUUUUCUGGACUCGAUAUCAUUUCCUGAUGCCGAUCGUCAGUUCGGAGGACUUGGCGGCAAAGUCGGAUGGACGCUCCGAGCCGUUGCGACAGGCUGCAAUGGCCUACUGUUUGCAAUCGAUCUAUCAUGCUGGGCUUCAUAACCGCUUGCUGGGCAUUCAGAAGGACAUGGUGGCAUCCGACCAUGGGGAGAAUCCCUCCCAAAGCCCUCUGGUAGCGAAACUGUUCGUGACCUUAUUCCAACAAGCACUCGCUACCAACAAUGCCUAUAUCACUUACGCAGAGCCGACCGUGGCAGAUGUGCAGCGGCAUCUCUUCAUGGCUGCCUUCCUGCUGAACUCGGGAGAACAUCAGGCGGCAUAUAAUAUUAUGGGGGUAGCCAUGCGACUCACACAGUCCCUCGAUCUACAGCGCCUCCCGAGAACACAUCUGCCGCCACCAGAGGCGGAAACACGCCAGCGAAUCUGGUGGAAGUUGGUUCACCUCGAUUUCCAUUGUUCCCGGCUGCUGGGAAAGCCAAUGGCGAUCUCCUUGAAUGACAGGACAAUCACUGUGCCGAAUCCGACACCAGAGUCCUCGGUGGCCGCCCCAGACCUCAGUUACUACUCGGCGUCGACCUCACUGACCGUGACGGCAAGACAAGUGGCAAAGUCCCUGGAGGAUCACUUGCAUGCGGUAUCAGGAACAGUCGACUCGGUCACCAAGAUUGAGCACUAUGCGCACCAUUUGUCGCGGGAAAUCCAGCACCUAUAUCAAUGGAGAGAUCGGAUCCGAGAAGCAAAACUGUUUCCCAAUAUGACCCUGGCCUGUGGAGCUUACCAACCAGAUGCAGUGACAGCUACCGAGGAUGGGCUAAAGCACGAUCACGAUGCAAGGCUUUCAUUUCACCUGGCCCCAGCGGUGAUCCUACAACGAACCCUCCUGGAGCUUCAGUAUCAUGAUAUUGUCCUGUGGGUUCAUCAUUCCUUCAUCCAGUUUCCGAGCCGCGGCUUGGUUCCGCAACGGAGUCCACAAGCCGAUGUACACGCCACCACGGCAAUCCAACAUGCGCUCACCGCCACGGAUCUCAUCCGUCUUCGGAUGCUCUAUCACGACAUCCUUUAUGGCUGUUCUGAGGUCUACCAAUAUCUGUGGAACGCCGUUCUCACCCUCAUUGGAUUUAUGCUGGCCUACCCCUUGUGCUACUGGUUCCCUCUGGCCCAGCAGCAUGUCGAGCAAUCCCUGCAGAUCUUCGAGGCAGCAGGUCCAGUCAACCCGAUUGCAUCACGAGCGGCUUACCUGACACGAUAUUUGCUGGGGCGGGUCAGUGCACUCAUGGAGUUGCUGAGUUCGCAGUCGUCAGCCCCCAAUGAUCGGACUGAUGGUCGGGACGUCCAAACCUUGGAUCCUGUCGAACCCGAGAAGCAGCAGCAACAGCACCCUCCCGCGUUCACAUCCGAGGAUGAUGCGUUGUGGUCCUGUGCAGAUACGGUGGACCCCAAUAUUUGGUAUGGGUACUGCCACGAAAUCAACGAUAUGCUCAUGGAUGUGCCUCAGAUCCCACUAGGUACUGACUUUUUCACCUCAUAA